AUGGGUGGUACAACUGACACGCAAGACAACCCCCCCUGUGACUGCAACGCUUUCAUUUGCUUCGCUGACGUCGUUGGCGCGCUGUUGGCCUUCACCACGACGCCCAACGGUCCCGGUCCAUGUGAUUGGCUGACAGUGCUCGAGUCUUCCACCAGCGAAACGCGCCGCCAGGUUUGGGAAGUGCUUUACCAGUUGUGCUGGCGGCGGUGUGGUCGCAGUGGGGUUGCCAUCUUCACCGACGGCUGUUUGGGGAUGGGCAAGGGCGUGGGCGAGAAGGGAAGCAGCUUCGUGUCGCGAGACAUGUCUGGAGGGCGCAGUUCAUAUAACCAUGGAAUUAGCGCUGCGUGA